CGAAGCGGCGACAACCUGUGGAAAAACGUGUUUUGGAGUCGAUUUUUUUUUUCUUUUUUUAUUUUGAUUUGCGCGCCAGAGGAAUUUCAAGGUCAACCACCACGUGGAGGUGAAGAUAGAGAAGGGAAUUGACCUAGUGAAUUUUUCUGUCGAUUUUUGAAGGUGUUUACUGAGAAUUGAAUGUGAACACCUGUUUUUUUUGGGGGAAUCGGUUUUUUGAGAAUUUUCACGGUUUUGGGAAAGUUUCGGGAACUUGCAGUCACAAAAAAAUCAUUUAUCUCGGAAUGUCCAACCAGAGAGUUCUGGUGAUCGGAGGAGGUGGUCGAGAACAUGCCAUCACCUGGAAGCUGUCUCAAUCCCCAAAUGUAUCAGAGGUUUUCGUCUCGCCAGGCAACUGCGGGAUGUCCUCGAUCCCCAAGGUCACCCUGAUCCCCCUGAACAUAAAAGACAACAAAGAGGUGUCCACCUGGUGUGUGGAGAACAAGAUUGACCUAGUGGUGGUGGGCCCCGAGGAUUAUUUAGCGAACGGCCUAGCGGAUGAUCUGAAAAUUGAGAGAAUCGCCUGUUUUGGGCCCUCAAGAUCAGGGGCCCGAUUGGAAUCCGAUAAAAAAUGGUCCAAGGACUUCAUGGACCGCCACGGUAUUCCCACCGCCCGGUGGAGAGCCUUCCAGUGCCCCGAUGAGGCAAAAAAAUUCAUUCUCGAGGCGGAUUUUCCAGCGGUGGUGGUCAAAGCCAGUGGUUUGGCCGCAGGAAAAGGAGUUGUUGUUGGAAAUGAUAAAAAAGAGGCCAGCGAGGCCGUCGAGGCAAUCCUCCAGGGGAAAAUAUUUGGAAAAGCAGGGGAAACCGUCGUAGUGGAGGAGCUCCUCGUUGGCGAAGAGGUAUCUGUCCUGGUGUUCACGGAUGGGAAGAGCUUCAAGGUGAUGCCACCCACUCAGGAUCAUAAGAGGAUUUUUGAGAACGAUCAGGGACCCAAUACUGGAGGCAUGGGGGCCUACGGACCCUGCCUUAUCCUUGGAGAGGCGGAGAUGAGAGAGGUGGAGGAGAGGAUCGUCAAACCGACUGUCCAGGGCCUCAGCAAGGAUGGGGUCGACUACGUGGGGGUUCUCUAUGCGGGUUUAAUGAUGACGAGAGAAGGUCCCCGGGUCUUAGAAUUCAAUUGUCGCUUCGGUGACCCUGAGACGCAGAUCCUGAUGACGCUGUUGAAAACGGACCUCUUCGAAAUAAUGAAAUCGUGCUGCGAGGGGUGUCUCUCCGCACAGGACAUCUCGUGGGAGGAGAACAAGUUCUCGGCGGGAGUAAUUCUGGCGUCCAGAGGUUACCCUGCCUCAUCCUCGAAGGGCCAAGUGAUCAGGAACGUGGAGAGGGUCCUGAGAGACAGAGAUACCCAGGUGUUCCACUCGGGCACAUCAAAAUCCCCAGAGGGAGAUCUCCUGACAAACGGCGGACGAGUUCUGAUGACAGUUUCACAAGCUCCAACACUGGAAUUGGCAGCAGCGAGUGCAACCCGGGCUGCGAGGACGAUUUCCUUCGAGGGGAAACAAUUCCGGAGUGACAUCGGUCACAAGGGGAUUGCCAGGAGCAUUCUGAGGAGUGGAAAAACGUCGUACAAGUCCUCAGGUGUUGACAUUCAGGCAGGAGACGAUCUGGUGUCCAGGAUCAAGCCCCUGGUGGCCUCGACCCAUCGCCCUGGAGCCCUGGGUGGCAUCGGAGGCUUCGGGGGACUCUUCGACACGAAAACCGCUGGCUUCAAGGAUCCCAUCCUGGUCUCCGGCACCGAUGGCGUUGGUACUAAACUCAAGGUCGCCCUGGAGAUCAAUAAACACGACACUGUGGGCAUCGACCUGGUGGCAAUGUGCGUCAACGACGUCCUGGCACACGGCGCCGAGCCCCUGUUCUUCCUCGAUUACUUCGCCUGCGGUCGUCUCGAUGUUUCACUGACGACAAAAGUCAUCUCUGGGAUCGUUGAGGGGUGUAAAUUGGCUGGGUGCACCCUGGUGGGUGGUGAAACAGCAGAAAUGCCAGAUUUUUAUCCACCAGGGGAGUAUGAUCUAGCGGGAUUCGCUGUGGGUGCUGUCGAGAGGUCAGAGCUCCUACCCAGGACCUCGGAAAUUCACCCUGGGGAUGUUCUAAUUGCCCUUCCAUCAUCUGGACUUCACUCCAAUGGGUUCUCACUAGUUCGAAGGGUUCUUCAGCUCUCGGGGAAUUCUCUCCAGGAUCCAUCACCCUUUUCUGAACAAAAUCCUGGUAAGACCCUUGGGGAGGAGCUACUCGUCCCCACGAGGAUUUACACCAGGUCCGUUGCACCGGUUAUCAAACUCGGGGUUGUGAAGGCUUUUGCUCACAUCACAGGUGGAGGACUCACUGAAAAUAUCCCUAGGGUCCUUCCUGAGGGUCUGGGGGUCCUCCUCGAUGCUGCCUCCUGGAGGAUACCUCCGGUUUUUGGGUGGCUCGCUGCAGCUGGGGGAAUCUCCCAGGAGGAGAUGCUGAGGACUUUCAAUUGUGGAGUCGGAGGUGUCAUCGUGUGUCGGAGGGAGGACCAGGAGAGGGUGCUGAAGGGGCUUGAAGAGGCCCAGGAGGUGCCCGUAGUUAUUGGAGAAGUCAGGGAGCAUCGGGGGGGCCAGAGGGUCAUUGUGGAGAACUUUGGGAGGAGUUUGGAGGUCGACAUGAGGAGGCAUGUGCCUGGAAUCGUCAGAAAACUCGAGGAACCCCUCAAGAAGGUGGGGGUUUUGAUCUCUGGAAGUGGUACCAACCUCCAGGCACUCAUUGAUGCCACGAGGGAUCCUCUCCAGGGGGUUGGCGCCACGAUUGCAGUGGUGAUAUCUAAUAAAGAGGGCGUGGAGGGACUACGGAGGGCGGAACGAGCUGGAAUUCCCACCAGGGUAAUAAAACACACGGAAUACCCCAGUAGGGAAGCCUUCGAUACUGAGAUGGACGUCGUCCUCAGGGACUACGGAGUGGAGAUAGUCUGUCUCGCUGGAUUUAUGAGGAUAUUGUCUGAAAAAUUCGUUAAAAGGUGGAGGGGAGCUCUUCUGAAUGUUCAUCCAGCCCUUCUGCCUUCUUUCAAGGGCGCCCAUGCCCACAGGGAUGCCCUCCAAAUGGGUGUCCGGGUCUCUGGGUGCACUGUGCACUUCGUGGAGGUGGAGAUCGACUCUGGGGCCAUCAUCGAACAGGAGGCGGUGCCAGUACUUCCUGGGGACACUGUGGAAACCCUCCAGGAGAGGGUCAAGGUCGCUGAGCACCGGUGCUUCCCCAAGGCUCUCAAGUACAUCGCCACUGGGAGAAUUCACCUGAAGGACGAUGGUACUCUCCACUGGAACUACUGAUUCCAGGGGAAAAUUAGAGUUCCAGACAUUCGAAGGGAGAAUCAAGAAUUUAUAAUUUUUUUUUCCAGCAAAAAUAUAAUUUUUCACUCGGUAAUUCAAAUUUUUUUUUAUCCUGAGAUUC